UAAAAGAUUUUUCUUUGGAACUCUCUCCAUUCUUCUUUGCCUAGUAUCUUCUACCAGUGUCUGCAAGUCUUUAGCACUUUCUUCACCUGUUUACAUCUCUUAUAUAUCAAACCCACAACCCCCAUUUCCAUCCAAGACUGAAAUCACAGCAAAAAAUCCACAUUCACACAGACAAAUUAACCUUUCUCGGUAUCAAUCUCAUCCUUUCUUGAGCUGUUUGUUUGAAACUUUCUUGCUUCAAUGGCCUCAAAAUCUGAAGGCAAGGCUAUUGGCAUUGAUCUUGGUACCACCUACAGCUGCGUGGGCGUGUGGCAGAUCGAUCGUGUUGAGAUCAUUGCCAAUGACCAGGGCAACAGAACCACUCCUUCUUAUGUUGCCUUCACUGACACCGAGCGUCUUAUUGGCGAUGCGGCCAAGAACCAAGUCGCCAUGAACCCUCAAAACACUGUUUUUGAUGCCAAACGUCUCAUUGGUAGGCGCUUCUCUGAUCCUACUGUCCAAAGCGACAUGAAACACUGGCCUUUCAAGGUCAUUUCUGGCCCUGGUGACAAGCCUAUGAUCGUGGUGCAAUAUAAAGGUGAAGAGAAACAAUUCGCGCCUGAAGAGAUUUCUUCUAUGGUUCUAACCAAGAUGAAGGAGAUUGCUGAGGCUUAUCUGGGUCACACCGUGAAGAAUGCUGUCAUCACUGUUCCUGCUUAUUUCAAUGACUCGCAAAGGCAGGCCACCAAGGAUGCUGGUGCUAUUGCAGGGCUAAAUGUCAUGAGAAUUAUCAAUGAGCCUACGGCUGCGGCCAUUGCUUAUGGUUUGGACAAGAAGGGGUCGAGGACUGGGGAGAAAAAUGUGCUUAUUUUCGAUCUUGGUGGAGGAACUUUCGAUGUUUCUCUUUUAACGAUCGAGGAGGGUAUAUUCGAAGUGAAGGCUACUGCUGGUGAUACCCACCUUGGAGGAGAGGACUUCGAUAAUAGGCUUGUUAACCAUUUUGUUGCAGAGUUCAAGAGAAAACACAAGAAGGAUAUUAGUACCAACGCCAGAGCUUUGAGAAGGUUGAGGACUGCCUGCGAGAGGGCAAAGAGGACUCUGUCUUCCACCACACAGACGACUAUCGAGAUCGAUUCCCUCUAUGAAGGUAUUGAUUUCUAUGCCACCAUUACUAGAGCAAGAUUCGAAGAACUCAACAUGGAUUUGUUUAGAAAGUGUAUGGAACCUGUGGAGAAGUGUCUACGCGAUGCAAAGAUAGAUAAAAGUCAAGUCCAUGAUAUUGUUCUUGUUGGUGGGUCAACAAGAAUUCCAAAAGUUCAGCAACUUUUGCUAGAUUUCUUCAACGGAAAAGAACUCUGCAAGAGCAUAAACCCCGACGAGGCUGUUGCGUAUGGAGCUGCUGUCCAAGCUGCAAUAUUAACCGGUGAAGGAGAUCAGAAAGUUCAAGAUUUACUUCUUCUGGAUGUCACUCCUCUUAGCCUUGGAAUUGAGACCGCAGGUGGUGUCAUGACGGUCUUGAUUCCAAGGAACACAACAAUUCCAGCCAAGAAAGAGCAAAUUUUCUCAACGUAUUCCGAUAACCAGACCAGUGUGCUCAUUCAAGUGUAUGAAGGCGAAAGAGCUAGAACCAAGGACAACAAUCUUCUCGGCACAUUUGAGCUUAAGGGCAUACCUCCGGCUCCAAGAGGUGUUCCCCAGAUUAGUGUAUGCUUCGAUAUUGAUGCAAAUGGUAUAUUGAAUGUGUCUGCGGAGGAUAAAACUGCAGGAGUGAAGAACAAGAUUACAAUCACCAAUGACAAGGGAAGAUUAAGCAAGGAAGAGAUUGAGAGAAUGGUGCAAGAAGCAGAGAAGUACAAGGCAGAGGAUGAGGACGUGAAGAAGAAGGUGGAAGCCAAGAACAAGCUAGAGAAUUACGCUUAUAAUAUGAGAAAUACGGUGAAGGAUGAGAAAAUUGCAGGUAAACUGAAUCCAGCAGACAAGCAGAAGAUUGAGAAGGCCAUUGAUGAGACAAUUGAAUGGCUUGACGGGAACCAACUGGCAGAGGUGGAUGAAUUUGAAGACAAAUUGAAGGAAUUAGAGGGCUUGUGCAAUCCAAUUAUUUCAAAGAUGUAUCAAGGUGGUGGUGGUGAAGAUGUGCCAAUGGGCGGCGGUGCUCAGCCCGGAAGUGGGUAUGGCCCUUCUAGCUCUAGUGGUUCUGGAGCAGGGCCAAAGAUUGAAGAGGUGGAUUGAGGCUUGAAAAAAAUGGGGUUUGUUCUGUUCUCUGUUCUGUUUCAGCUUGUGGUUAAGCAAAUUCCAAAUAAUGCUUGUAGUUCUGUAACCAUAAUAAUGGUAAUGCUUGUAGUUUAGGAAUGUUGAUGAUAGAGAUUACGAUGUUUGUGAUGUAUGUUUUACUGUUUAAUGAAAUAAAAGGAGUUUUUUUUGAAAA